CAGAUUAUUGUUGCCUUAGCUCAAUUCUAUUAUGAUGAAAUAUAUAUGUGCCAGGUUUAAUUUUUGAUUAGUAAAUACUGUAAUACUGAAGAGAAUGUGUGAGUUACAGUAAGAAAUCCAAGAUCAUGACAGGAGUUAUAAAUAUGUGCAUGUUUCCAAAAAUUGAGAAAGUCCUUAAAAAUAUUUGGUACUGUUAAACCUUUUGAAGAGUAGCGAUAUUAACAAACAACACAGCUCAUGGCAGAGGGGGCAUUCUUGCCAUAAAGCACCAUUCACCCAUCAUUAGCAUAAUGGCUGCGCAGCCUAUUUCUUAGCCUUGUGUUGGUGCUGGAUUAAUUUCUGAGUGUAACAACAUGCAAAGAAAAGUGUGCAUUUCUAAUUGCAUGCACUAUGUUGAAAUCCCAUGGUGCUGCAUUCAAAGUAAAAAUUAGAGAGAUAAAGGUUUUUGUUUAAUUAUUUGGAGACUGUCUGGUUGCUUUUAUAUUAGAGAAAUAUGACAAACACUGGACAUGCAGAAGGAGAUGGAAGAAAAUAUUACAAAAUUUAGAAUAUAAAGAAAAUGCUUUCUUAAUUAGAACUGGACUUGGUUUUUCCCCAUCUUACACAUUCCAUCUACGUGGUUACUGUUGAGACUGGUCACCAAGGCUGCUUGAAAUACCUGCCCUCAGGAGGGCUCAAAGGGACAGAGAAAGGUCACAUAAUUAGACCUGAUUUUAAUUCAUAGAGACCUGUUUGUCACUGUCUCUUUAUGUUUCUGCUAGUUACACAUUAUUAACUGGGGUGAAUGUUAGGACCUAAAUUAGAUACUUAAGUAUGUAAUAUGCAGAGGCUGAACUGAAGUUAGAAUGCUGAGGAUAGUUAUACAAUUAUGUUUCCCUCACCAGAUGUAACUUUGCAGUAAUUAAAUAUAAUGAAAUUUAAGUAUUGUACUCAGUGUUUGGUAGCUAUUUCCAAAUCCUAUUGGUAAUACCACUGAAAUCCUGGUAAUGCCAGUUAUCUGUGAAAAUUAACAAACAGAAAUAAGGUGCUAUACUACCUUAUUUAAAAAAAAAAGGCUUUAUUAAACAAUUGAACUACCAUCAAGUCCUUUCUAUUUUCAUUCCUGUAAGGGAUGUUUUGUUAUAAUUAUGUCAUCACUGGAUUUUUUUUUUCCUUUCCUCCAAGUGAUUUAAUCUUUCUCUUUGUAUUUAGACUUCAGCUUUCCCUCUUUAUUUCACUGCUUUCCUUGGAACAUACGAUUAAUGUUGAGUUGUUCAGUUGUAGAAUUCUAUGGAAGUUGCUGAGAAGAGGAUGGUUACUUGGAAACAGUCCUCCCCUCCCCAUCCUAGGAAUAUCUAGAAAAAUUGGUUCUGUUAUAAUUUGUCCACAUGUGGAUUUGAGUAGCUCUCUGCAGUCAGUUAACCAAGGGAAUCUGCAUGGAAGUAUGCCAUAGCACACAGAAUUACUACUAUGAGGCUGUAACUUCAGUCUGCUCUUUUACUAGCAUCAGACUACCACCAGCAGAACUGAACCCCAGUCUUGGAUUUCAUUCCUAUGUAGCAGGAGUUUAUUAAGACAACAGAAAGCAGCAAGCAGCUUAAUAGCAUCAAGCAGAUAGUGUAAUUGUGUUGUACAGAUGGCUUGCAUGUAACAUCUAAAUAAAUAGUGGGUUCAGAAUGGUAGUGAUAAACCAACCAAGAUGGUUUUUCCAGUUGUGAAAUGUUUGUGUAAAGAAUGACCUUUUUUGUUUUUGUUCAAGUCUGACAGUUGAAGAUGCUUUUAAAACAUUCUAGUCACUUAGAGUGGAGCUAUACAACUCUGGUUUGGUAACUUUAAAAGGCAGAUCAUAUCCAUCACUGAAAUAGCAAGUCUCAGGGUUAUGAGAGAAGACUAGGGAUAGGAGAUGAGAGCUGUUCAGUCCAGUUUACAUUUGUCACUAGUGACUAGCUUUUAAAAAAUGUAUUAGCUGUGCAUGGUGGUAAGUAAGUUCCAGCUGCAGGGGAUUACUGCUCUGAGUGGGUCGGGGAUCUUGGAAUGCAUUCAGUUCCAUCAGGGGAUUUGUGUCCCUCGUCAUUAGCCUUAACAUUACUAAAGCACUAAAGAUUAAGAACAGACCAGUGUCACCUGCUCCGAAAUUCAGAAAACUCUCCAGAACUAUUGUAAACAAAACAAAAUAAAAAGUGGUUUAAAAGCAAAACAAAACAAAACAACAAACCACCUAAAGAGUUCUCACUCUUUAAGGAAGGGAGUAUAUGGCAUGACAUAGUGGAGAAGGAACAAUCUCCUGUAUAAAUAUAAUGCUGAGUGAAAGAUUAUGCAUGUGACAUAUAGGAAAUGAAGAAAAAUACCUAGAUUUUCACACACACACGCACACAAAAAAAGUUAUCUGUUGAUGAAUUAUUCUCCCUAUUUAUUUAAUGUGUCAUAGUGCUAAUUUACACCACAAACACCUCCACAAAUACCUUCCUGUUAAUGAACAUUUUUGUGGGGAGUUUCAAAAUCAAGAUGUGCUGCAAUUUUAAGGAAGUAUUUCCAAGGCCUUUACUCUCACAGGUUAGGAGUGAAGAGUUUUACUGUGUUUUUUCAGGGUACUUUUUUUUUUUUCCUCCAGAAUAAGGCAAGUGAGCUGCACAGGGCUUUACUUUUUUCAGGGAUUUUGAAAUUCAGCUUACAUGCCAGCAAGCAGUUUAGUGGCAGGAAGUCUUUCCUAGUAGUGCAGUCAUGAACUGGUAAACUAGAAGCAUCUGUAAAAAUUUAGAGGGAGUAUCAGCUUUCUCAAAGCUCCAGCCCAAGACUAAUGAGGUGCAAAUGAUAGCGCUGCAUAACCCUUCUCCACCCCAAUUGUGGAAUGAGAUAUUGCGACAGAAAGAAGUAAAGAAAUAAGACAAAGAUUUCAAAACUUACACUGCCCUUGAAAAAAGACUCAGUUUUCAGGAGAUUUUCAAAUGGCUGAGGUGGGCCAACCUGCAUAUUUUGCUAGCAAGAAUUUCAUACCUUCUUCCUCAACCGCAGACAUAUUUCCAUGGCACUGAAUACUGACAGAUGGAGAUUGUGAGCAGUAAUUGAUUUUUUUCUGCAUUCAGAAGAGGCAGAAGUGGAUGUGAGAGACAGACACACACAGAGACACAGAGAGCGAAAGAGGGCAAGAGACUUGACUUUAAGAGACUCCUGCACUGACAACUCCAUGCAGUUCGGAACAAGAACGGCAGCGACCGACUCUGGUUUCAUGGGGACAUGGCAGAACACUGACACUAACCUCUUAUUCAGAAUGUCCCAACAGGCCAUCCGCUGUACACUGGUAAAUUGCACAUGUGAAUGUUUUCAGCCAGGGAAGAUUAACCUGAGAACCUGUGAUCAGUGUAAACAUGGCUGGGUGGCACAUGCCUUGGACAAACUUAGUACUCAGCAUCUCUACCACCCAACCCAAGUGGAGAUUGUGCAGUCCAAUGUUGUGUUUGACAUCAGCAGCCUGAUGCUCUACGGUACUCAGGCUGUGCCUGUGAGACUGAAGAUACUUCUUGACCGACUCUUCAGUGUACUGAAGCAAGAGGAGGUGUUGCACAUUCUACAUGGCUUAGGCUGGACACUGCGAGACUACGUUCGAGGCUACAUUCUUCAGGAUGCUGCAGGCAAGGUGCUGGACCGCUGGGCCAUCAUGUCCAGGGAAGAAGAGAUCAUUACCCUUCAGCAGUUCCUGAGAUUUGGAGAAACGAAAUCUAUCGUGGAGCUGAUGGCAAUUCAAGAAAAAGAAGGGCAGGCUGUGGCUGUGCCAUCUUCAAAGACAGAUUCAGAUAUAAGGACUUUUAUUGAAAGCAAUAAUCGCACCAGGAGCCCAAGUCUCCUUGCUCACCUGGAGAAUAGCAACCCUUCCAGCAUUCAUCAUUUUGAAAACAUCCCGAAUAGCCUUGCAUUCCUGCUUCCAUUCCAGUACAUAAAUCCAGUCUCUGCUCCACUGCUGGGGCUGCCUCCAAAUGGCCUCCUGCUGGAACAGCCAGCAAUGAGGCUCCGUGAACCAAGCCUUACAACACAAAAUGAAUAUAAUGAGAGCAGUGAAUCUGAAGUUUCCCCUACACCUUUCAAGAAUGAGCAAGCAUCCAGCAGGAAUGCUUUGACCAGCAUCACAAAUGUGGAGCCCAAAACUGAGCCAGCCUGUGUCUCUCCUGUUCAAACACCUACGCCAGUCAAUGAUUUAUCAAAAACGGAGCACACAAAAAGCUCAUUCCGAAUUCACAGAAUGAGGAGAAUGGGGUCAGCCUCCAGGAAAGGAAGAGUGUUUUGCAAUGCAUGUGGCAAAACCUUCUAUGACAAAGGUACUCUUAAAAUCCACUACAAUGCUGUGCACCUGAAAAUCAAGCAUCGAUGCACUAUUGAAGGCUGCAAUAUGGUCUUCAGCUCUCUCAGAAGCCGCAAUCGCCACAGUGCUAACCCAAAUCCCCGUCUCCACAUGCCUAUGCUAAGGAAUAACCGUGACAAAGAUCUAAUUCGUGCUACAUCAGGUGCCGCCACUCCUGUCAUAGCAAGUACAAAGUCCAACCUAACUCUAACAAGCCCUGGGCGUCCACCGAUGGGGUUUACCACUCCCCCUCUUGACCCAGUACUGCAGAACCCUCUUCCCAGUCAGCUGGUCUUCCCGGCUUUAAAGACUGUCCAACCUGUUCCUCCUUUUUACAGAAAUUUACUUACUCCUGGAGAGAUGGUGAGUCCUCCAACCUCACUCCCAACCAGUCCCAUAAUACCAGCUGUGAGUGGCAUGGAGCAGCAUCCUCCUCCUCCUUCAGAGUCAUCGGUACCUUCAGUGUUGAUGCCCACCCCAGAGCCCAAUGCAGACCUUGCCCCCAAGAAGAAGCCAAGGAAGUCAAGCAUGCCAGUUAAAAUUGAAAAGGAGGUUAUUGACACUGCUGAUGAGUUUGAUGAUGAAGACGAAGAGGUGAAUGACAGGACCACAAUGGUGAAUGACAUUGGUCAUGACAAUCACUGCCAUUCUCAGGAGGAAAUGAGCCCGGGCCUGUCUGUUAAAGACUUUUCCAAGAGUGACAGAAGCAGAUGUAUGUCCAGACCAGACAUAAGAAGGGCAGACAGCAUGACAUCAGAAGACCAGGAGCAUGAGAGAGACUAUGAAAAUGAGUCAGAGUCAUCAGAGCCCAAAUUGUGUGAAGAAUCGCUGGAAGGCGAUGAUCGCCUCCAUGAACCAGGUGAAAAAUCUAUGAUGCACAGCGACCGACCAGAUGAAAACCACAAUGACUCUUCCAACCAGGAUGUCAUUAAGGUGAAGGAAGAGUAUACAGACCCUACAUAUGAUAUGUUCUACAUGAGCCAAUAUGGACUGUACAAUGGAGGCAGUGCCAGUAUGGCUGCUCUUCAUGAAAGUUUUGCUUCUACAUUCAACUACAGCAGCCCUCAGAAGUUCUCCCCAGAAGGUGAAAUGUGCUCCAGUCCAGACCCCAAGAUAUGCUAUGUUUGCAAGAAAAGUUUCAAGAGUUCCUACAGUGUGAAGCUUCACUACCGAAAUGUUCAUUUAAAAGAGAUGCAUGUCUGCACAGUGGCUGGCUGUAACGCUGCGUUCCCAUCACGGAGAAGCAGAGACAGACACAGUGCUAACAUAAACCUGCACCGUAAACUGUUGACCAAAGAACUGGAUGACAUGGGCUUGGACACUUCACAGCCUUCUCUUAGUAAGGACCUCCGUGAUGAAUUUUUGGUGAAGAUAUAUGGCGCUCAGCAUCAGAUGGCGCUUGACAUAAGGGAAGACACCUCCUCGCCUGCUGGCACUGAGGAUUCCCAUAUGAAUGGGUACGGCAGAGGCAUGGCAGAAGACUAUAUGGUACUAGACCUGAGCACCACCUCCAGCAUCCAGUCCAGCAGCAGUAUCCAUUCCUCAAGAGAAUCUGAUGCAGGAAGUGAUGAGGGUAUUCUCCUGGACGACGUCGAUGGGGCAAGUGACAGCGGGGAAUCUGCCCACAAAGCAGAUGCCCCUGCCUUAGCUGUAGGUAUGGGCACCGAUGUCCCAGGAUCCCUCAUGUUCAACAGUGUUUCGGUGAGCAACGGUGGGAUAAUGUGUAACAUUUGCCACAAAAUGUACAGCAACAAGGGAACCCUCAGAGUGCACUACAAAACAGUGCACUUGCGAGAAAUGCACAAGUGCAAAGUCCCUGGGUGCAACAUGAUGUUCUCCUCUGUACGUAGCCGAAACCGGCACAGCCAGAACCCCAAUCUACAUAAAAACAUUCCUUUCACUUCAGUAGAUUAGGUCAAGGAUGGACACAGCAUAAUGCCAGCUCUCAGAGAGGGCCCACUACAUCUGAACUGCCAUAUACA